CGGUUCCCUUCUUGUUACCUUCUUUAUUUUUUGUCUCAGACCGAACCUUUAUGUAGGGCCGUAUGCACCCGUUCGAUUUCUUCCAAUGGAUCCCGAUCACCUAGGUAGAGCGUUAUACACCCCUCUUGCGCCACGACUAUCACCGCCAGCACUUAUCCUUCGCAUCCCACUUCACUCCCCGCUCCGACAUUUAUCUUGGGCUUGUGCCCUGUCAUGACACUUGUGUCUUUCCCUUCGACAAUAGAUGGAUUGCGCCUAGCAGAUGUCCAUGGACGAUUCUCACCCGGGUAGAGGCCUAGGAUUUACCAUUAGAAAUCUGUUUCGCUCCUCCUCAUUGUCCUUUCCAUCUUCGCGGCCACGAAGAUCCUUCCUCCGAAGGGGACGAAGUGUGAUUGACAGCAACCGAAAUUCCAUUGAUCCCACGAAACGUUCCUCCGCACCUCCAAUGAAUGACACCUCGAUGAACGACAAUCAACCUCUCGAUCAACCAGCGAUGAUUGGGAUUACGGAAGCGUCUACAGGCGACAUAUUUGAAUGGUACCCGCGCUAUCAAAAUUGCCAGCGGUACUUCUUGAAUGAUGCGCAACACAGCGUCCCUGUACAAGCGCUCUCCGCUUUUCUGAACAUUCGUCUCCCUUUCCAGUGGGAAUCCAACCCAGUUGCAGGCUCGAGCUCGUCCACCAACCAGUCUUCUGCAAGCGCCAACCAAGCCCCUUCGAUGCCACCAGGGUCAACAUUAGUACCGCCUUCCGUCUCGCUGAUUCCAUACAUUCGUCGUCUAGUGGCUACCGGGAUGGAUUUUCCUGGGGUGCUUCAGGGAUUCUUCGGAGACGAUUGGGCCGCUGGUAUCGGGCCGCUGCACGAACAGGAGAGGCGCAAUUACCUCUUCGCAGCCAAGAGUGGGGGAUGGGCUGCUGUGAAAAAAGAUUACGAUAUUGCGCCGCUAGAGACAAUCCCAUUUUUACGCCCAUUACAGGGACCACUGGACUCCGAGAUUGAGGCUGCAGAGAGGAGCUGGAGUGAUUGGCUUGCCAUGGAGGAUUGGAUGGUCGGGCCCCGAGCGCCUGAUGUCCUUCGCGAUUCAUCCUCCAACAUGUCUCGACCGCAGAGCUCCCGUGAUUAAGGCUCGUCGUCCCAUGUUACAAAACUUCUGCCCUUGCUUCUUCCCUUCCUGCUUGAUCUUUGCAAUCAUUCCAAGCUUUAACUACUACUUGUCGAACAAUACCAGACGACUAUGGGCGAUAGGACGGAGUUGGGGAAUUCAUGGCGAACCCUUUCCUAUUCUUGAAAUUUUUUUUUUCUUUUGUUUUCACAGUUCUGCCACGAGACGACGAUCAUACGAAUUCUUGAGCGUGAUAGAUUGCCGCGGGCCCACAUUUUAGUUCUGGUUUCAAUUAUUGACUACGAAGCGCACUCCUGUCGCAAGGGGUAGACUUCGAUAUACACGACCGAGGAAUUUGGAAAAACAGCAUCAAUGAAUG